GCCAAUAUCAGCACAUUCGCCAACCAACCACGACAACAACUUGGCAUCUGCUCACACCCUACCCCUCCACCAAGCAGCAGCCUACAGCAGCCAUGUCUGGCAAGGACGACGACCUGUUCUUUGUGACCAACGUGCAGAAGGCGGGCAUUCUGUUCAAGCGCCCGUUCUUGCACGUCUCUGGCAAAUGGCAGCGCCGCUUCUUUGUUCUCAAGGACGGCUUUAUGCUGUAUUAUGCGGAGAAGGAGGCCAAGACAUUUGCCGAGACUGGAAACUUCAACAUCCAUCCCAAGGGCGUCAUUCCACUGGGAGGGUGCCUGGUCAAUCACACGACGGAGACCGACAAGCCAUAUGCCAUCUCCAUCAACCACCCAGACUUUGGCGAGUCAAACGUCAUCGUCGCCACAGACACAGAGGAAUCCUUGAAGGAUUGGAUUGACAAGAUCAAGGAGUGCACGCGCAUCACGUACAAGAACGCCCAAGUUGGCGAGACGAUGAUCAAGUGUCUCAAGGCCAAAUCGGAGGUCAUUGAGGAGCAGCGCAAGGAAAACCAGGAGAAGCUCGAGGCGGAGACGCUUGCGCUGCAAGAGGAGCGAGAGCUUCGGGAACAGAUUGAGGAACAACUGCGGCAGCUGCAGGCGGAGAAGGAAGCAAAGGAGCAGGAAGCGAUGCAACUCAAGGAGCGAGAGGCCGAGCAGAGACAGUCAGUUGGCCGUAGGCCGUAUUGGCUGUGGUGCACCUGCAGAUGA